CUCUCUCACACUCCCUCUCUCUCUCUCUCUCCCUGUGUCUAUCUCUCCUCUAUGUCUCUCUCUCUCUCUCUUCAGUGUCGCUGCUGCUGUUCAGACGGUAACAGCUCCGCCCGCCUCUCUCCGUCUCUCUCUGUCUACCUGUCUGUCUCUCUCUCUCUCCGUCUACCUGUCUCUCUCUCUCUCUCUGUCUACCUGCCUCCCCCCCUCCCUCCAUCCUUCCAUCCCUCCCCUCCGUCCCCGUCCUCCCCCCUCUCGGUGCGGACAUGCUCCCGGUGCUCCGGAGAUGAGGCUCCGUAAUGUCUCCUUCCUGACGGUCUUGUUGUUCGGGCUGUGCGGGCUGGUCUCCCUGUCCUGGUACACCGCCUUCAGCAGCUCCAGAGGAGAUGUGGUGGACAUCUACCAGAGGGAGUUCCUGGCGUUGAGGGAGCGCCUCCACUCGGCGGAGCAGGAGAACCUGCGGCGCUCCAAAGAGCUGAACCUGGUCCUGGAGGAGAUUAAGAGGGCCAUCGCUGAGAAACAGGCGCUGAGAGACAUCAACCGCACCUGGAGCAGCCUCUCCGAGGAGACGAGGCUGAAGUUGUGGAACGUGAGCAGCAGUAAAAACGUCCUGCAGCUUCCCUCCAUCUUCCAUCAUCUUCCUCACCUGCUGAACCGAGAGGACAGCCUGCAGCCGGCGGUACACCUGGGACAGGGACGCACCGGAGUCUCCAUAGUGAUGGGGGUUCCCAGUGUGAAGAGGGAGGUCCACUCCUACCUGACCGACACACUCACCUCUCUGAUGUCAGAGCUCAGUCCCGCCGAGAAAGAGGACUGCGUCAUCGUCGUCUUCAUCGCCGAGGCUGACCAGCAGUACGCCACCAGUGUAGCAGACAACCUGAAGCGCCUUUUUCCAGCAGAGAUUCAGGCGGGUCUGUUGGAGGUCGUCUCUCCGUCCGUCCAUUUCUACCCCGACUUCUCUCGACUCCGAGAGUCCUUUGGAGACCCGAAGGAGAGAGUCAGGUGGAGGACGAAGCAGAACCUGGACUACUGUUACCUGAUGAUGUACGCUCAGUCUAAAGGAACUUACUACGUCCAGCUGGAGGACGAUAUAGUCGCUCGUCCAAACUACUUCACCACCAUGAAGAACUUUGCGUUGCAGCAGCCGUCGGAGGAGUGGAUGAUCCUGGAGUUCUCUCAGCUCGGCUUCAUCGGUAAGAUGUUCAAGUCGUUAGACCUGUCGCUCAUCGUGGAGUUCAUGCUGAUGUUCUACAAAGACAAACCCAUCGACUGGCUGCUGGACCACAUCAUGUGGGUCAAGGUGUGCAACCCCGAGAAGGACGCGAAACACUGCGACAGACAGAAAGCAAACCUGAGGAUUCGCUUCAAACCGUCUCUCUUCCAACAUGUCGGCACACACUCGUCUCUGGCUGGAAAAAUACAGAAACUCAAGGAUAAGGACUUUGGGAAACAGACCCUCCAUAAGGGUCACGCCAACCCGCUGGCGGAGGUGACGACCAGCCUGAAGACCUACCAGCACUUCACCCUGGAGAAGGCCUACCUGGGGGAGGACUUCUUCUGGGCCUUCACACCCGUAGCCGGGGACUUCAUACGGAUACGCUUCUUCACACCGGUCCGCAUCGAGAGGUAUUUCUUUCGGAGCGGGAACAUCGAACAUCCGGGAGACAAACUCUUCAACACGUCGGUGGAGGUUCUGCCGUUCGACAAUAUUCAGGCAGAUAAAGAGGCCUUGACAGAAGGGAGGGAGAAAACACCAAAGUACCAUCGGACAGAAGACGGAUUCAUCCGGAUAGGAGCGUUCAAGAACGGGAUCACGGAGGGGGAGGUGGACCCCACCUUCGGGCCCCUGGAGGCCAUGCGUCUCUCGGUGUUGACGGACUCGCCGGUCUGGGUGAUCCUCAGCGAGAUCUUCAUAAAGAAAGCCGAGUGAAGCUCCUCUCCCCCUCAGCGAUACCUCAGCGCCUCCGAGCGUCCAGCCGAGCUGACCCGGAGGCCCGUCGGCUGCCGUCCUGCUCCAGUCCCGCUCACCAGAUCCACACCGCGGUGCCACAGCGCCGCCGUCUGGCCGGACCUCGCCGCUGCAGGACUGAACAGACCAGAGACUGGACCACGGAUCACUCAGACAGAACCAAGCUGUCGAUGCUGUAAUUAAGAGUCUGUAUUUAUGUGUACAUACAGGAAGGUAAAUGUUAAACACUGGUAACGGUCGAGGCAGCGGGCGACAGCGCCGCCCGCGUCCACUGAAACUGCUGUUUCAAAGACUCAAAGGCCUCUUUCUGAUCUGCAGACGGUCGGUCCGGACCUUUCUACCGACACUACCCCCCCCACAGUAACCAUGUAUGUGCGUAUAUGCGUAGAGAAGUACACACUACCAUAGGAAUGCCCUCUCAGUGUGUAGAUGUGUGUCCGUCGUUGCUGCCCGUCCGACAGCGAUCUGCCUUAAAACCGAGACCAACAUCAGAUUUACUUCAACCGCAGACGAGCCCCGGACUGACCAAAUGUAGCCACAACGAGUACCCACAAUCCUUUGCUGCGACCUCGGACCUUCUUGAAACUACUGACGGUGACGGCUGGUAUUUUACUUUUAUAAGGAAGUAUUUUAAAGUUGUUUUAUUCUGAGUUUACUGAGGCCUUCUCACUGACUACUGCUCUGCUUCACAGUACUUUAAUGUACUACUUCACAGUACUCCAAUGUACUUUGCAGUAUUUUAAUGUACUUCACAGUACUUUAAUGUACAUCACUGUACUUUAAUGUACUUCACAGGAGUUUCAUGUACUUUACAGUACUCUAAUGUACUCUGCAGUACUCUGAUGUACUCUACAGUACUCUAAUGUACUUUACAGUACUUUAAUGUUCUCUGCAGUACUCUAAUGUACUCUAAUGUACCCUAAUGUACUUCACAGUACUCUAAUGUACUCUGCAGUACUCUAAUGUACUUUACAGAACUUUAAUGUAUUCUGCAGUACUCUGAUGUACUUCACAGUACUCUAAUAUACUUUACAGUCCUCUGAUGUACUCUACAGUACUCUAAUGUACUCUGCAGCACUCUAAUGUACUUCACAGUACUGUAAUGUACUCUGCAGUACUCUAAUGUACUUUACAGUACUCCAGUGUACUUUACAGUACUCUAACAUACUUUGCAGUACUCCAACGUACAGUGGUACUACGGUACUCUACAGUAUUUUACAGUACUCUACAGUACUCUAGUUUCCUCUGCUGUACCCUGUUGUACUUUACUGUAGUAUUUCCAUCCAGACGUUCACAUGUUUCCAUCUUCAGUCUCUCAUCGACGCGUUUGGUAAUAAAUAGUAUAAAUGAUAAAAUACUGUUGUUUAAUUCUAACUUCUCUGUAGAGACGCCGUCUUCUUCCUCUCGUAUUAAUGUCGUCUCCUCGUGGUCCUUCAGAUUAUUCAUUUGUUUUCUUUUCAAACUUUGUUUGUUCCCUCGUGUCAAUAAUUGGUUCCCUCAAAUGAUGUAAAUUAUUAUUGUUAUGAUCCUGAAUAACGAGGUUUCACAUCCAGAAUCAGUAAUAAUACACUCGACAUGCAGAAUUCACAUUAAGAUAUAACCAGUUAAACAGUUAAAUUAUGUUUUUAUGUGACUUUCAUUCAUUUUUCAACCUAAUUUAACCCCAAAAAACGAGUCACCUUCAAAACAACGAACCCAUCGAGUCCUCAGUGAUUCAAACGCACCGAAUUAUUCAUUAAAGGGAACAAACAAAGUGAUUCAAGAGAACAAAAUGACUCAUUUAAAGGAGCGAUUCAGCAGAACAUUUCCUCCAGAAGAAACUGGACUUUCAUUCGGACGGAGAACCGACCCAACAGAACUCUGAACGGAGCGUCUUCAAGCUUCAGGAAACAUCCCGAGUUUUCUUUUCUUUUCUUUGUAAGAUGCACUGGAAUGCAUUAAUAUAAUCUUGUGUUUGUCUUUUGUAUCCUUUAGAUAAACUCUAUUUAAAUGAUCUCCAACGUCUAUCCAAUCUGUGACUUGUAAUAAAGACAGAAAUUUAAAUGA